AAUAGAAAGUCACAACUUACUUGCAAACAAUUAAGAGUACUCCAAGCAAAAUAUCAGAAUUAAAGUAAAGAUAGCAGCAGUAGCAUCAAUGGCAGGAGUAGCUUCAAGUAUUGUGAAAAUGGAAUUUCUCAACCUCUCAAAGGCUUAUCCACACCUAACUUUUCAGCCUAAAGUAUCCAGUGUCAGCUUCCCUUCCGUAUCCAAAUACCCCAAGGGUCGAAUUGGAGCGGGUGCUGGUGACGUUGGACAACAGUUUGAUGAACUUGCACAAAAAACCGGGGAGAACAUAAAGAUAGGCGUGGAAGAAGCACAAAACAAGGUUAAAAAUAUGAAUGAAAAAAUUGAGGCUGAAGCUGAUGGGAUGGUAAAGGCUGCCAAGGAGAAUGCAAGUAACAUUGCGGACAAGGCGAAAGAAGGUGCAGAUCAAGUAGGCAGCUCGGCUCAGAGCAGCCAAGAGAAGGCCGGAGAGCAAGCUUCUAGCUUGAAAGAUAAGACUGUUGAUGCAGCCGAGAAGGCUGUGGAGGCGGCCAAGGAUAAUACAGAGAAGAUCAAGGAGGCUGUGAUUGAGAAACUUGAGAGUUAAGGAUAUGCAUGGAGCCAGGACUGUGAUGCGGAAGAACACAUACUAGGAUGGCUGGUGAUUGUGACAAUCUGAGAAGAAUUACAUGAUGGAACUGAUUUGCUAAUUUGUUUAUUUCCAUGGCUUUCAAUUAAUCUAACUAUGUUGUCUCCCUGAUUUUCUCUAUAUAUUGGAGUCUUGUCCCAAAGAAAGAAUAUUUGAA